CUGAUUGUUGGCGACAGCGGAAGUUUCUAGGCAUACUUGAAGCUGGGAAAUAACUUAUUGAAUCGCAAAAACUAACGGUUUUUAUUAGACUUUUAUUUAUUUUUUAUCACGGACAACCACGCUAUCGUCAUCGGCUUGAUUGAGUAACGUUUCGCUUUCUAGCGUCAUAAUUCUUACCGUAGUAAAUUUGAAAUGCCAAAAAAUGUUAGAGCUAGCUUGCUAGCUACGUAACGCGUUGGCUAGCAAGGUCUAAAGAUGUCGUCCUGGGAUAUCAGAAAGGUGUACUUGUACAAGUUACCACCAGUUGUCCUGUGCGAGUUCUCCGGUGUUAUGGACAGUAUCUCCGACGUGGACUGGGACAGAUUCGGUAAGAAAUGGCACUGACCGACAUGCUAGUUAGUAGGAAAUAUAGUUUUUAAAAAAAUGUAACUCAGUUGGUAGAGCAUGGCGUUUGCAACGCCAGGGUUGUGGGUUCGUUUCCCACGGGGGACCAGUAUGGGGGGGGGAAAUGUAGUCUCUGGAUAAGAGGGUCUGCUAAAAUGCCAAAAAAUGUAAAUGUUUAAAAAACUCUGUGCUAGUAGGAGCAGGUGCUGUUGGGCGGCAGGUAGUUUAGUGGUUAAGAGCGUUGUGCCAAUAACCGAAAGGUCGCUGGUUCUAAUCCCCGAGCCGAGUAGGUGAAAAAUCUGUCGAUGUGCCCUUAAGCAAGGCACUUAACCCUAAUUGCUCCUGUAAAUCGCUCUGGAUAAGAGCGUCUGCUAAAUGACUAAAAUGUAGGAUAAGCUAUGGUGUCCAAGUUGAUGACGUAUCUCGUCCGAACAGCCGAAUGAAACCCGAAGUCCAAGACGAAACCAAAAUGUCGUCAGAAUAUAUGCGGAAACUGUUCGGAAUAGUUGCGGUUGGGAAGCAUGCAGACGGCCCCUCGUCCGGGCUUGAGCAACAGUAGGGAUUCACUUGAAUAUUACAUCAAUCAUGCCAGUCAGAUGCAAAAUUGCAUUACAAAUUGCAAAUCUGACAGAUUUAUUGCGUGAUCUUCGAUCAUUUAUGACUAUUUCGAGGAAGUAUAUACCGGCCUACGUAAACUCAAAAUGGACAAACACACUAUUGCCCCUUUUUUGUCGUUUUUCAAGCCAAGGUCUUUUAAGGCCAGGCACCACAGGCUAAUAGGGAUUUUUUGUUUCUUUACUCUCAUCAGACUGAAACUUUACCAGUUUUAAAGUAUACAUAAAUACAAGAUAAUGUAGUAUUACAUGGGGUAUAUAUAUACCCCAAACGGAUUCUCGUAAAAAAAAAGUAUUAUUAUUAUUUAACUCUGCUAUGUCUGGGACUAUAUCUGUGUAUGCUCUUCCAUUAGCAUCCCCAUUGACUGUAGCCCUCUCUGAAUCUCUGCAACUAAAGUGUGGGGGCGGGGGGGGGGGGGGGGGGGGGGGGGGAAGUACUUAUGUCUGUCGACAUUACAGUCAUAACUGCAGGACUAAAUAUCAGCAUGUUACCCUAUGUAAAUAUCAGCAUGUUACCCUAUGUAAAUAUUAGCAUGUUAGGCUCUGUUGUAGCCGGCCGCGACCGGGAGACCCGUGGGGCGGCGCACAAUUGGCCCAGCGUCGUCCAGGGUAGGGGAGGGAAUGGCCGGCAGGGGAUGUAGCUCAGUUGGUAGAGCAUGGCGUUUGCAACGCCAGGGUUGUGGGUUCGAUAAAAUAAUGUAUGCGCUAACUGUAAGUCGCUCUGGAUAAGAGCGUCUGCUAAAUGACUAAAAUGUAAAUGUAUGUAAAUCAGGGGUGUCAAACUCAUUUUAGCUCAGGGGCCACAUGGAGGAAAAUCUAUUCCCAAGUGGGCCGGACCGGAAAAAUCAUGGUAUAUAUAACUUAAAAACAACAACUUCAGAUUGUUUUCUUUGUUUUAAUACGAUCAACAUAAAGCUGGAGCCUGAGGACAGUGUGUCCAAAAUAGUACAAGCACAACAUCACUAUUAAUCAUAAAACACGUCAAGUUUAUUUGAAAAUUCUAAAGAAAAAGAACACACAAACACACAAUGCCUCAGUGAUUAACAGAACUGUUUCACAGAUCACAGAACUAUAUCAGGGUGUAAUUUCUCAGGCAGAAAUGUAGAUAAAAAUAAUGAAAUCCUGUUCCCCAAACAAGUGCAAGAACCACAGAGUCAAGAAUAGGUUAAAUAUACAAAUAAAAUAAAAUCAAUUAAAAACAAUAGCACAUCAACAUAAAAACAUAUAAACAUAAAGCUGGAGCCUGAGGACAGUGUCCAAAAGCACAACAUCACUAUUAAUCAUAAAACACCUCAAGUUAUUUGAAAGUUCUGAGGACAAAGAACACACAAACACACAAUGCCUCAGUGAUUCACAGAAGUAUAUCACAGAUCACAGAACUAUAUCAGGGUGUCAUUUCUCAGGCAGAAAUGUAGAUAAAAAUAAUGAAAUCCUGUUCCCCAAACAAGUGCAAGAACCACAGAGUCAAGAAUAGGUUAAAUAUACAAAUAAAAACAAUUAAAAACAAUAGCACAUCAACAUAAAAACAUCAACAUAAAUCUGAAAGCGUUGCUCAAACUCCCGUAACAGUCCCGUUAUUUUAUCUUUGAAUCGCUUCAUGUCUGCCACGUUGGGUCGCGCACACAUUUUUCAGACAGGGGAUGUGAGCUGCAUCACCACCGGCAAGUUGCGUCUCCCACAAUGACAGCUUCAACUUGAAAGAACGUAUGCUGUCAUAAUACUGCGUGACAACUUUGUUGCGCCCUUGCAGCUGUUUGUUCAAGUUAUUCAGGUGCUCUGUAACAUCCACCAUAAAUGCAAGGUCCUGCAUCCAUUCUGCGGAAUGAAAUUCUAACACUGGUUUGCCCUUUUCUUCCAUGAACUGUUCAAUUUCUUCUCGUAAAUCAAAGAAACGCCUCAGCACAGCACCUCGGCUUAACCAUCUUACCUCAGUGUGGUAUGGCAGGCCAUAGAUGUGGUCUUUCUCUCUGAGAAGGCUGUCAAACUGACGGUGAUUCAGGCUUCUGGAUCGGAUGAAAUUAACAGUUUGGAUGACCACCUUCAUGACGUUAUCCAUCUUUAAUGACUUGCAACAAAAAAAAGCCUCCUGGUGCAAAAUACAGUGAAAAGUCAAAAAAUCACGUCCUCCAUUUGCAGAUUGCACUUUCUCUCUGAACUUUGUCACAACGCCUGCUUUUUUUCCCGAUCAUUGAAGGCGCACCAUCUGUAGCCAGGCUGACAGCGCGGGACCAGUCCACUCCGACCCUGUCCAGCGCGCCAACGAGUGCGGUAAAAAUAUCAGCUGCUGUCGUUGUAUCUGUCAUCGGCACCAACUCCACAAACUCCUCGGUGACGGUCAAUGUGUCAUCAACUCCGCGGAUGAAAAUGGCCAGUUGUGCAACAUCUGUAAUGUCCGUGCUUUCAUCAAUUGCAACCGAAAACGCAAUAAAUGACUUUACUUUUGGCUUCAACUGGCUGUCCAAAUCCACUGAAAGAUCGGAAAUCCUGUCUGCAACUGUGUUUCUUGUCAGGCUGAUAUUUGCAAAAUCCUGCCGCUUUUCAGGGCACACAAUCUCCGCUGCCUUCAUCAUGCAUGUUUUUACAAAUUCACCCUCACUAAAUGGUUUUGAAGCCACUGCGAUUUCAUUAGCAAUGAGGUAGCUAGCUUUCACUGCAGUGUCACUGAUGUCUCGGCUGUGAGUAAACACAGACUGCUGUUUCUUCAGACCCGCCAACAGUUCAUUCACCUUCUCUCAUCUCCGCUGUCCUUGAAAGUUGUCAUAUUUGUCGGCAUGAAGACUCACAUAGUGGCGACGAAGGUUAUAUUCUUUCAGCACUGCAACAUGCUCUGAACACACCAAACAUACAGCUUUCCCAUUCAAUUCCGUGAAUAAAUAGGAUGACCAUUUUUCUUGGAACACUCUGCACUCUGUGUCCACUUUUCUCUUUUUUGACAGAGACAUAUUGGGGCAAUGAGGGUGCCAAAGCACAUAAUGUUAAAAGUAGAAGCCGUAAUAAAUAUCGCGGGCAAAACAAAGUAGCUCAUUGGCUGCACGUGCUUGACCUACUUGCUCUGCCCCGGUAUAAACAGUUUGCUUGCUUAACACAAUUGCUAUUGCGCCAUCCAGUGGACGCAAUUGGAACAGCAGUUUAUUUUAUAGAAAAAUGGCAGCGCAUUUUUAUACUUUACAAAAAAAACAUUUUUUUUUAUUUAUUUAUUUUUCUCUCAAAAUCAUCUCGCGGGCCGGAUUAAACCCGUUUGCGGGCCUGAUCCGGCCCGCGGGCCGUACGUUUGACACCCCUGAUGUAAAUGUUACCCUAUGUAAAUAUCAGCAUGUUACCCUAUGUAAAUAUCAGCAUGUUACCCUAUGUAAAUAUUAGCAUGUUACCCUAUGUAAAUAUUAGCAUAUCAGCAUGUAUUUACUCAGUAAUGACAGAAGGCUACAGCCCUAUGACACCGUAGGCCUAUGUGAUAGUCUCGUUGUAUGGGUAUGUUUUCCUAUCGCUCUGUCUAUUUACUUUGAUUACAUUUGCUGGAGCAAGGAAAUAAAUAUUAUUUAUACACAGCAAGUCACCUGACAAUAAUGGGCUACUCUCCCUUUUUAUUGACCUGUCACUCUCCUGUCACGUCUCUGAUAUGAGCUGAGACUCAGGGAAGGAAUCCCUUUGUUGAUUUUCUUUAGAGCUGCAUAACCAAGUCCAAGUUCGUGGGCUAGAAGAACCAUCCUCACAUUUAUAUCGAAUGCCACAUCUCCCCUGGAGCCCUCCUGCAGCCUGGAGGAAGUGGAAACACUCCUCCUAAAUGCAUCACGAUCACCUUCAGUGUGCACAUUCUAUCAUGACAGAAUCCCUGGUUGGUGGGGGUCUAUAGUGAUUUUCAGUCCAGUGUUUAGACACUAAGGGCAAAUCAAAUCAUGUACAUGUUGGUUUAUUUGUGACAUGUGGAAUAAAAGAGACUGUUGGCUGGCUGCUGUCUGGUUGAUUGCUGCUAGCUGGCUGCUGUCUGGUUGAUUGCUGCUAGCUGGCUGCUGUCUGGUUGAUCGCUGCUAGCUGGCUGCUGUCUGGUUGAUCGCGGCUAGCUGGUUGAUUGCUGUCUGGUUGAUCGCUGCUAGCUGGCUGCUGUCUGGUUGAUCGCGGCUAGCUGGUUGAUUGCUGUCUGGUUGAUCGCGGCUAGCUGGUUGAUUGCUGUCUGGUUGAUCGCGGCUAGCUGGUUGAUUGCUGUCUGGUUGAUUGCGGCUAGCUGGCUGCUGUCUGGUUGAUUGCUGCUAGCUGGCUGCUGUCUGGUUGAUCGCUGCUAGCUGGCUGCCGUCUGGUUGAUCGCUGCUAGCUGGCUGCCGUCUGGUUGAUCGCUGCUAGCUGGCUGCCGUCUGGUUGAUCGCUGCUAGCUGGCUGCCGUCUGGUUGAUCGCUGCUAGAUGGCUGCCGUCUGGUUGAUCGCUGCUAGCUGGCUGCCGUCUGGUUGAUCGCUGCUAGCUGGCUGCCGUCUGGUUGAUCGCUGCUAGCUGGCUGCCGUCUGGUUGAUCGCUGCUAGCUGGCUGCCGUCUGGUUGAUCGCUGCUAGCUGGCUGCCGUCUGGUUGAUCGCUGCUAGCUGGCUGCUGUCUGGUUGAUCGCUGCUAGCUGCUAGCUGUCAUCUUCAUCUCAACUAAUGUGCGUCUCGGCGCGCUGCUGCCGGCCUCCUCCUUUCCCUCCUCUACCUGUACUGCCACUUCCUGGAUCGGCUGAUCAGGCUCAUGUUUUCUAUCAUUCACUGCUUUUCUCGCAUUGGCCAACUGAGAUCGCCUAUUUUUAUUCACAUACAGUAGGUAUUUUCUUUGAGAAUUUCUAAUUUUGUCUCUCUUUACGUGGAUUCUUCGCGGGAGAUAUUUUCAAACAAGGAAAUGCUGAGGCAUUUUAACCAAUCAGGUUGCCGGAAAGGGCCUUUUAAAUGCCGGUAACCAAUCGGAUGUCAGGAAAUUACUCAUUUUUCAGCACGAAGCACUACAUCUACAAAGAAUAUAGCCAUGUAUGGACUAACUAACGAUAUGCUCCGGAAAACAAGCUUUUGAAUGAUAUGAUUCAACGUGAAGAUUUUUUAAAAUAGCGGUUUAAGUUCAUCAUGAAACAUGCUAACAAGAACAAAAUGUAUAAAUAAUAAUAUAAUCUGCCAUUUAGCAGACGCUUUUAUCCAAAGCGACUUACAGUCAUGCCUGCAUACAUUUUUUUUUUUUGUGUAUGGGUGGUCCUGGGGAUCGAACCCACUACCUUGGCGUUACAAGCGCCGUGCUCUAUCAGCUGAGCUACAGAGGACCACAACGUAUGCAGAGGAGCACAAUGUAUGCAGAGGAGCACAAUGUAUGCAGAGGAGCACAAUGUAUGCAGAGGAGCACAAUGUAUGCAGAGGAGCACAAUGUAUGCAGAGGAGCACAAUGUAUGCAGAGGAGCACAAUGUAUGCUAGGUGUAGUUGACGGCGAUGGGAAAAAAUGAUACAAAUCAAGUAUUUAUAUACAUUCUGAUUUAUUUGUACAUUUUGUGAAAUUAUAGAAGUUGUAGAUGGAAGCAAAAUCACAAUUUUUUGCCUGUGGUGCCUGGCCUUAAGGGAUUAUGUUUUGCCUGUGGUGCCUGGCCUUAAGGGAUUAUGUUUUGCCUGUGGUGCCUGGCCUUAAGGGAUUAUGUUUUGCCUGUGGUGCCUGGCCUUAAGGGAUUAUGUUUUGCCUGUGGUGCCUGGCCUUAAGGGAUUAUGUUUUGCCUGUGGUGCCUGGCCUUAAGGGAUUAUUUUUUGCCUGUGGUGCCUGGCUUUAAGGGAUUAUGUUUUGCCUGUGGUGCCUGGCUUUAAGGGAUUAUGUUUUGCCUGUGGUGCCUGGCUUUAAGGGAUUAUGUUUUGCCUGUGGUGCCUGGCCUUAAGGGAUUAUGUUUUGCCUGUGGUGCCUGGCCUUAAGGGAUUAUGUUUUGCCUGUGGUGCCUGGCCUUAAGGGAUUAUGUUUUGCCUGUGGUGCCUGGCCUUAAGGGAUUAUGUUUUGCCUGUGGUGCCUGGCCUUAAGGGAUUAUGUUUUGCCUGUGGUGCCUGGCUUUAAGGGAUUAUGUUUUGCCUGUGGUGCCUGGCCUUAAGGGAUUAUGUUUUGCCUGUGGUGCCUGGCCUUAAGGGAUUAUGCAGCAGUGGUGGGAAAACUACCCAAUUGUCAUACUUGAGUAAAAGUAAAGAUACCUUAGUAGAAAAUGACUCGAGUGAAAGUCACCCAGUAAAAUAUUACUUGAGUAAAAGUCUGAAAAUAUUUGGUUUUUAAUAUACUUAAGUAUCAAAAUUAAAAGUAUAAAUAAUUUCUAAUUCCUUACAUUAAGGAAACCAGACCGCACAUUUUCUUGUUUUGUUUUAUUUUACGGAUAGCCAGGGGCACACGCGAACAUUCAGACAUCUUUACAAAUUAAGCAUUUGUGUUUCGUGAGUCCGUCAGAUCAGAGGCAGUAGGGAUGACCAGGGAUGUUCUCUUGAUAAGUGCAUGAAUUUGACGAUUUUCCUGUCCUGCUAAGCAUUCAAAAUGUAACGAGUACUUUAGGGUGUCAGGGAAAAUGUAUGUAGUAAAAAGUACAUAAAUGUCGUUUUAAAAUGUAGUGAAAUAAAAGUUGUCAAAUAUAAAUAAAGUACAGAUACCCUCAAACUACUUAAGUAAAAAAUACUUUAAACUACUACUUAAGUACUUUGCACCGCUGGUAUGCAGCACACUCGUCCAGCCGAACUGAAGCAUGCUGAUGCAUCACGUAUCAAAAUAGCAAUUCUAAAUUUGACACUCUCAUUGCCCCCCCAUAAAAUAACUCCUCACUUGCUAAAUAAUGAAUGAGUUGCUUGCCGAAACCCUCUCGCUUCUUCCUCUCAGGUAUAGCCUCUCGCUAGCUAGCUAGUAGUCAUGCAUGCGCCGUUGGGGAUAGCCAAGCUAAAGCAGAGAGGAAGAGGUGAAGCCAGUAUCUUUCAGUAUAGAUAAUAUUUGCUUAAAGUUGAUUUCCAUUGACUAUGAACACCAAAUAAAGUUGUAAGUAUCUUUGCUAUGAACGGUAUUGCUAGCUAGCUAGCUAGCUAGCUAGCUCAGUAAAAAAGCCAUUAUACAGAUGAGACAGUUAACUAGCUGGAUACAUUAUGAGCAGGACCCAAAGUUUUUCCUGGCCACAUGACCUAAUAAGGAAUAACCUCUGGGGCCCUAAGUAUGACCCUGUAGGGCCCAGAGUUUUUCCCGAUCAGGAAGAGCAGAGCGAACAACAGUAGUGCUGCUGUGACUGUAACUGAGGUGUAUUAUGGUGUGAUUUGAUCUCUAAACAAUUAUUGAUUUCUAUACCAUUUUGUUAUUGGUCCUCCAUGGCAGCGUCCCAUGUGUUGACGGACCAGACUGACAGACGUCUGGCUGAGAGGAGAGAGCGACGGACAGACUGGGUGAUGAACCACUGGGCUCAGAGGAAUGGAACAGUGGGAGAACUACUGAACGUGUUGGAGAAGCUGCAGCUGUUCAGAGCCAGAGACAUCAUCCUGGACUGUGAGUUUGACACAGACCUGGGCAGAAGGACGGACGUGUGCGUGCACAGACAGACAGACAGAGACAGACGGACGGACGCGUGCGCGCGCAGACGGACAGGACGGACGGACGACCGACCGACCGACCGGGAAGAAUCAUUGUUCUUUAUAAUGGAUGCUUCUGGAAGAUGACUGUGUAAAGGCUUCUGUUUUGUUAAUAUAGGGAAGCCCAGUGGACAGCGGCCCUCUUCCACUCCACUUGCUGCCCCGUCGCAGGUUAAACUGGAGCCUCCCGUUCCCCCCUCUCACCUCUUCAAGCCCCCUCCUAAAGCCCAUCCUGCCAGCACUCUGACCACGAAGAGACUCUCUCCACCUGGUAACGUCUCUUCUCACUAUACACUGCGCAUACUAUGCUUACAACACUGAUUAUUAUAACACUUCUUACAUAGAUUUAGGCAGGUAGCUUAGUGGGUAAGAGCGUUGUGCCAGUAACCGAAAGGUUGCUGGUUCUAAUCCCCGAGCCGACUAGGUGAAAAAUCUGUCUGUGGCCUUGAGCAAGGCACUUAACCCUAAUUGCUCAUGUAAGUCGCUCUAUAUAAGAGCGUCUGCUAAAAAAUGUAAAAAAAUAAAUACAAAUAAAAGAUUUCACACUGCUUGUAAUAUGAUUCUAACAAAGGCUUACAAAGUCUUAUCAUAUUUUACACCAUAGAAUUACAUAUAGGAUCUCUGUGUUUAUAGGAUCUCUGUGUUUAUAGGAUCUCUGUGUUUAUAGGAUCUCUGUGUUUAUAGGAUCUCUGUGUUUAUAGGAUCUCUGUGUUUAUAGGAUCUCUGUGUUUAUAGGAUCUCUGUGUUUAUAGGAUCUCUGUGUUUAUAGGAUCUCUGUGUUUAUAGGAUCUCUGUGUUUUUAAUAUGUUCAUAACACGGCUGUAAGGUAUUUUAUCAUAUUAUUCACUGCUAUCGUUGGUCCAUGUAACCCAGUUUAAAUUCACUGCUAUCGUUGGUCCACAUAACCCAGUUUAAAUUCACUGCUAUCGUUGAUCCAUGUAACCCAGUUUAAAUUCACUGCAAUCGUUGAUCCAUUUUACCCAGUUUAAAUUCACUGCUAUCGUUGGUCCACAUAACCCAGUUUUAAAGUGCUGUGCUAUCAGAUCAGUCUAUGCUCCACCUUCACUCAGACUCUCUCCCUCCAGGACUGAGGGCUCUGCCCAAACCUGGCCCUCCACCCACAGGGCUGAAAUCACAGGACCACAGAGGGACGUCUAUAGACCAACAGGUGACGGAAGCCAUUCAGUAGCAAUCCAUCAAUCAAUCAAAUGUGCUCCGAGUUUACCAAACAUUAGGAACACCUUCCUAAUAUCCCUCAGAACAACCUACAUUUCUUCAAUCUUUUGUCUUGGCCUUUCACCCUCUGAAUGGCACACAUACAUAAUCCAUGUCUCAAGGCUUAAAUCCUUCUUUAACCUGUCUCCUCCCCUUCAUCUACACUGAUUUUGAAGUGGAUUUAACCGGUGACAUUAAUAAGGGAUCAUAGCUUGGAUUCACCUGGUCAGUCUUAUCGUUGAAAGAGGUGUUCUUAAUGUUUUGUAUACUCGGGUGUAUUUUUAUAAAACCCUUUUUUACAGUCUUGACAGAUCAGAUCGGGUCUUUUGCCAAUAAUUGGGCAAUACAUCAAAAGUGGCCUGCUUGUGUAAACGCAGCCUUUGAAAGAAAAGCGGUGUGAGAGAGGAACUAUAGUCGCUAUUGUUAGAUUCAGAUGUAAAAAGCAGAAUGAAAUAGUUGACUUCAGGAAAUGGUUGUAAAGUAGACCGAAACAAUAAAACAGAACUAACACAUAUUUAGAACGGUUUGAUUUCUCUGGUAGGCAGUCGGUCUCGACAAUGACUACUCAUUCAUGGUUACUAAUACCGGUAGUAGAUGUAAUUUAUGUUCUAUACCAAAGUAUCUUUCUCAUUAGUCUGUGGGUGAUUGGGUCUUUCUCAUUAGUCUGUGGGUGGUUGGGUCUGUCUCAUUAGUCUGUGGGUGAUUGGGUCUUUCUCAUUAGUCUGUGGGUGAUUGGGUCUUUCUCAUUAGUCUGUGGGUGGUUGGGUCUGUCUCAUUAGUCUGUGGGUGAUUGGGUCUUUCUCAUUAGUCUGUGGGUGGUUGGGUCUGUCUCAUUAGUCUGUGGGUGGUUGAGUCUGUCUCAUUAGUCUGUGGGUGGUUGUGUCUGUCUCAUUAGUCUGUGGGUGGUUGUGUCUGUCUCAUUAGUCUGUGGGUGGUUGUGUCUGUCUCAUUAGUCUGUGGGUGGUUGUUUCUGUCUCAUUAGUCUGUGGGUGGUUGUGUCUUUCUCAUUAGUCUGUGGGUGGUUGUGUCUGUCUCAUUAGUCUGUGGGUGGUUGUGUCUGUCUCAUUAGUCUGUGGGUGGUUGUGUCUGUCUCAUUAGUCUGUGGGUGGUUGUGUCUGUCUCAUUAGUCUGUGGGUGGUUGUUUCUGUCUCAUUAGUCUGUGGGUGGUUGUGUCUGUCUCAUUAGUCUGUGGGUGGUUGGGUCUGUCUCAUUAGUCUGUGGGUGGUUGUGUCUUUCUCAUUAGUCUGUGGGUGGUUGGGUCUUUCUCAUUAGUCUGUGGGUGGUUGUGUCUGUCUCAUUAGUCUGUGGGUGGUUGGGUCUGUCUCAUUAGUCUGUGGGUGGUUGUGUCUUUUUGGAGGGUUGGGAUCAAAGCAGAGGAAAAUUGAUCAAUAAAGUCUUGUUCUUCUUCAUUAGUGGUCUGACUCCAGGGGCCCCCUGCUGUCCAGUGCUAUGUGUUGGCCGUUUGAGGAAGUCCAGAGAGGAACAGAGGACUUCUCCCAGGCCAGGCAGAUAGGAGAGGGGGGUUUUGGACAUGUGUACCGGGCUACCAUGAGGAGUACUGACUACGCUGUCAAGAGGCUGAAAGAGGUAUGCGACAUGGGACUGCUCAGUCCUCUUCAGUGGUAUCAUGGAGGAAGAUGGUUGAUGUGAAGAUAUCUUGUGAUGUAACCGUUUCAAUCAAAUCAAAGUAUGUGUUGUGUAAGCAGGAUACAACAGGUGUAAAACUGUCCAGCGAAAUGCUUACUUACGAGCUCUUUCUCAACAAUGCAGUGUUCAAUAUAUAGGUAAGAAAGUAGAAAAAAACAGAAUGGAUCUUAACCCUUUUUACAAUCGUGGGAAUUGGCUUAUAUGGAUGGGGCUACAUUCAAAUGUUUCUUACUGAAAUAUGAAAAGCAUAUGCGUUAACCAUGUAUUAAUUGACAUUUUGAACAGUUUGUAGAUUAUGGGAAAUUUAAUAGACCCAGGGUGAGGACACAAACGUUCACCUGCCAAAAGACUGAAUCCAAACAUUACACUGGUGAUUUUUAUGUGCAUUUUACACUCACCGAACAGUUGAUUAGUUACACCCCAUGGAGUACAGCCUGGAUUCUUCUGGGCGUUCUACAAGGUGUCGGGAAACGUUUCAUAGGGAUUUUGGGCAAUGCUGACUCUAUCGCAUUACGCAGAUUGGACGGCUGUACAUUCACGCUGCGAGCGUCCCGUUUCAUCUCAUCCCAAAGAUGCUCUAUUGGGGUGAGGUCUGGGGACUGUGCAGGCCACUCAAGGAAACUGAACUUGCCGUCAGGUUCCGGGUGCCGUUUUUUUCGACUCAAUUGUCCAGUGUUGGUGAUCACGUGACCGUUGGAGCCGCUUCUUCUUGUUUUUAGCUGAUUGGUGUGGAACCCGGUGUGGUCGUCUGCUGCAAUAGUCCAUCCGUGACAAGGACCAACGGGUUUUGUGUUCUGAGAUGCCGUUCUGCACACCACUGUUGUACUGCGCCGUUAUUUGUCUGUUUGUGGCCCACCUAGCUUGCACCAUUCUUGCCAUUCUCCUUUUGACCUCUCAUCAACGAGCUGUUUUCGCCCACAGGACUGCUGCUGACUGGAUGUAUUUUUUUUUUUUGUCGCACCGUUCUCGUAAAACCGUAGACACUGUAGUGCGUGAAAAGCCCAGGAGGCCGGCCGUUUCAUCAAUAAAAUACGAUUGUGUUCGUUGUCCGUAGCUUAUGCCUGCCCAUACCGUAACCCCACCGCCACCACUCACCCACACGACGCCAUACACGUGGUCUGCGGUUGUGAGGCUGGUUGGACGUCCUGCAGAAUUCUCUAAAAUGACAUUGGAGGCGGCUUAUGGUAGAGAAAUGAACAUUCAAUUCUCCAGCAACAGCUCUGUUGGACAUUCCUGCAGUCAUCAUGCCAAUUACACGCUCCCUCAACUUCAGACAUCUGUGGCAUUGCGUUGUGUGACAAAACUGCACAUUUUAGAGUGGCCUUUUGUUGUCCCCAGCACAAGGUGCACCUGUGUAAUGAUCAUGCUGUUUUUAAUCAGCUUCUUGAUGUGCCACACCUGUCAGGUGGAUGGAUUAUCUUGGCAAAGGAGAAAAUGCUCACAAACGGGGAUGUAAACAAGUUUGUCCUCAAUUUGACAUAAAUGAGCUUUUUGUGCGUAUGGAAAAUUUCUGGGAUCUUCUAUUUCAUCUCAUGAAACAUGGGACCAACACUUUUACAUGUCGCGUUUAUAUUUUUGUUCAGUGUAUAUACGUUUUUUUUUAUUUUUUUUAUACGUUUUGUUUGUUUGUUUACGUGAUCCGGGCCUAAAACUAACACCCGCCACCUGACAAAUGCGGGUAGAUUUUGGCAUUGGGCGGGUAAGAUGUCUAUUUCACUGUCCACGUUGGCGGGGGGUGGUCAGGGCUCCACGGUGCGAGCAUUUCAUUCGCGUUUGUGAAUAAAAUAGUCAAGUUUGAUCACAUUUAUAAGUGAUAUGCUGCAGUAGUAGCUGUUUGCAAAGUAUUUCUGUCGUUUUUGUUUCAUAGCUGGUCAAAUAAUCGCGCGCAAAGUACGAUUUUAUGAAUCCUGUACAUCCCACCUCGCUCUUAAACUCUGCCGGGGGGCUUUGUGCACAUGAAGGGCUGAGUGAAAGAUGCAUUUUUAGAAGAGCUUCUCAUAAAAUUAAAAUUAAAUAUAUAUUAUUAUUAUUAUUAAAAUAUGGUCUACUUUACUUCAAACGAAGUGAGACUUUGUCCUCGUGUUUCUUGGCUAUUUACAUAGUUUUUGUUCACAAGCCAGGUUGUUUUUCCCAGUGUUUGAGUUUCAGCUGUUAGAGGAAAGAAGACAAUACUUCUACUAGUCCGACUCGAUCUCACUUGACUUGAGUCACGUUAUAUAUAUAUAUAUAUAUAUAUAUUUAUAUAUAUUUUUUUUUUCACCUUUAUUUAACCAGGUAAGCCAGUUGAGAACACGUUCUCAUUUACAACUGCGACCUGACCAAGUAACGCCCUUACUGGGGCAGGUGAACAUUUUUGUCUCAUCUGUGAUAUUUUGGUUAAAAGACUCAGGUCACAAAAAAAAUAUUAAGCAAUAUACCACAUUUUACUUCUUACUAGUAAUACAUUUAUUGUUUUAGAAACAUUUACAAAGCAUGCUCAUAAAAAAAUAUAUAUAUAUAUAUAUUUUUAAGAGAAACAGAUUUUGUUGUCAUAGAAAGGAGACAUGAGUGCAUUCAGGUGCUGCGGUAUAUUUCCUUCACAAUAGACAAACAUGGGCUCAUUCUGUUCAGAACAACCCAGGGUAUGACGCCAUGUCACCUUGUAACUGUAAAUCAGACCUGGUGAUCAUAAACGUUGACACUGUAUAUGAUAUGAGUAUUAUGAUAUGGAAAUGUGAAGUGCACAUUUGUUGCUUGUAUGACAUCAAAGAGGUAUUUAGUCUAAUCCUCAACUUCUCAUCUUUCAGAAUACAUCAAGUCCUCAUUUAAUGUGCAGCAUUUCCCUCACUCAGUGUUAUGUGAAUUAUUCAACAAACUAUUUCAGUGUCUCUGUGCGUCUCCCAAAAGGAUCAAGAAACGGACAGAGUCCCGGUCUGCGUAGUCAGAGAUGUUUAUUCAAUGAGAAUUCUGCCAUCAGUUCACACACACAUACACACAUACAUACAUACAUACAUACAUACAUACAUACAUACAUACAUACAUACAUACACACACACACACACACACACACACACACACACACACACACACACACACACAUAUAUACAUACAUACAUACAUACACACACACACACACACACACACACACACACACACACACACACACACAUACAUACAUACAUACAUACAUACAUGCACUCUUCCAAGCCUAACAGUCUCUCUCCUCCCUAAAUUCCUCAGUUAUCUUGGUUUCCCAGUUGUCUGUAGCCAGUUCUCCUUGUCCUUUGUUGUCUGGCCUAACUCCUACUCACAUUGCUAAAUAGUAACACAAUGUAAUCUCAACUUGCCCUACACUCACACAUUUCCAGGUAGUUGAUUCUAACACAUCUCGCACGGUUUCGGAGUGUAAUAAUUAGUCACUACUAAGAAAGUACUAAUCAUACUUAAAAACAAGAACAUUUCACAACUAUAUUUAAGGGUGGAACAUUUUAGUCAUUUACUUUUAACCUGUGUAUAUAUUUUAAUUUCUAUAUCACUCAAGACAACAAAACAUUUUACAGAAGUUGCCCAAUUAGCGGCAGGGAUGUGGGCAACUUCUUGUUGCGUGUGCUGCUCAGGUUCAGAAUGACUGUCAGUCACAACCCGUAUACGAGAACCAGUGUAAAGGGUUAAAGAGCACUGAAUCAAUACUAGGUCAGAUAUCUAAAAAUAUACAACAUCUAAGAAUAAAAACACAAAGUAAAACACAGGAGAAUGUACACUAUACAAGGUCAGUACCUUUUUAUAGUAUGUUAUCAAUGUGCAGGGAUACAAUGGUAGUAGGGGUUAGAUACUUUUGUUAAUGUAGUGUAUGUGGACACCUGCUUGUCGAACAUCCCAUUCCAAAAUCAUGGACAUUAAUAUGGAGUUGGUCCCACCUUUGCUGCUAUAAUAGCCUCCAUUCUUCUGGGAAGGCUUUCCACUAGAUGUUGGAACAUCGCUGCCAUUCAGUCACAAGCAUUAGUGAGGUUGGGCACUGAUGUCGGGCGAUUAGGCCUGGCUCGCAGUCGGCGUUCCAAUUCAUCCCAAAGGUGUUCGAUGUGGUUGAGGCCAGGGCUUUGUGCAGGCCAGUCAAGUUCUUCCACACCGAUCUUGACAAACCAUUUCUGUAUGGACCUCGCUUUGUGCACGGGGGCAUUGUCAUGCUGAAACAGGAAAGGGCCUUCCCCAAACUGUUGCCACAAAGUUGGAAGCACAGAAUUAUCUAGAAUGUAAUUAAUUGUAUGCUGUAGCAUUAAGAUUUCCCUUCACUGGAACUAAGGGGCCUAUCCCAAACCAUGAAAAACUGCCCCAGACCAUUAUUCCUCCUCCACCAAACAUUACAGUUGGCACUAUGAAUUCGGGCAGGUAGCGUUCUCCUGGCAUCCGCCAAACCCAGAUUUGUCCAUCGGACUGCCAGAUGGUGAAGAGUGAUUCAUCACUCCAGAGAACGCGUUUCCAUUGCUCCAGAGUCCAAUGGCGGCGAGCUUUACACCACUCCUGCCGACAUUUGGCAUUGCGCAUGGUGAUCUUAGGCUUGUGUGCGGCUGCUCGGCCAUGGAAACCCAUUUCAUGAAACUCCCUUCAAACAGUUAUUGUGUUGACGUUGCUUCCAAAGGCAGUUUGGAACUCUGUAGUGAGUGUUGCAACUGAAGACAGACGAUUUUUACGAGCUUCAGCACUUGACGGUCCCGUUCUAUGAGCUUGUGUGGCCUACCACUUCGCGGCUGAGCCGUUGUUGCUCCCAGACGUUUCCACUUCACAAUAACAGCACUUACAGUGGACCGGGGCAUCUCUAGCAGGGCAGAAAUUUGACAAACUGACUUGUUGGACAGGUGGCAUCCUAUGACGGUGCCACGUUGAAAGUCACUGAGCUCUUUAGUACGGGCCAUUCUACUGCCAAUGUUUGUCUAUGGAGAUUGCAUGGCUGUGUGCUCGAUUUUAUACACCUGUCAGCAACGGGUGUGGCUGAAAUAGCCGAAUUCACUAAUUUGAAGGGGUGUCCACAUACUUUUGUAUAUACAGUGCAUUCAGAAAGUAUACAGCUAUUUUCAGGUCUCUCCAGAGAUUUACGAUCGGGUUCAAGUCCGUGCUCUGGCUGUGCCACUCAAGGACAUUCAGAGACUUGUCCCGAAGCCACUCCUGCGUUGUCUUGGCUGUGUGCUUAGGGUCGUUGUCCUGUUGGAAGGUGAACCUUCGCCCCAGUCUGAGGUCCUGAGCGCUCUGGAGCAGGUUUUCAUCAAGAAUCUCUCAGUACUUUGCUCCGUUCAUCUUUCCCUCGAUCCUGACUAGUCUCCCAGUCCCUGUCGCUGGAAAAACAUCCCCACAUUUUAUUUUUAUGCCAACAUUUCUUUAUCUGUUUUCACUUCGUCAGUAUGGGGUAUUGUGUGUAGAUUUGAGGAAACCUUUUUAAAAUCCAUUUUUUUUUAAAUAAGGCUGUAACGUAACAAUGUGGGAAAAGGGGAAGGGGUCUGAAUACUUUCCCAAUGCACUGUAUAGUGUAUGUAUACGUAGGCAGGGGUAAAAGUGACUGGUUAGCAGGAUAAAUAAUAACAGGAACAGCAGCGUGAGAGUGACAUUGUGCUUGUGAAUAGAGACCUGAGAGUAUGAGUCAGUGCGGGUAGUCUGUGGAGAUAGAAGCUGUCUCUGCGCAUGUUGGUCCAAGACCUGAUGCUCCGGUACCGCUUGCCAGACGGUAAUGGAGAGAAUAGUCUGCGGCUGAAGUCUUUUGGCAAUUUUUCCGGGCCUUCCUCAGACACUGCUCGGUAUAAAUGUCGACUGAUGAUUUACUUUUAUUAUUUCUGUUUUUAAACUGGUCAGUAAAUGUCAUUUUGAAUGAUUUUUAAAUAAAAGAAAGCCAGUAAAAUGCUGUUUGUUAAAUGGGAUCUUGUUCGUGUCUCUUUGUAGAACUCUCUGCUAGACUGGAGCGUGGUGAAGGAGAGCUUCAAGACCGAAGUGGAGAAACUAUCACAGUAAGCUGACAGUCCAUUCUUAAACUCUUGUCUUAGAACCUCUCCUUCUUUAUCUCUGACAUCUCACUUUAACAUCGUUCUGCUUUCAAUUCUUCUUGGUUGUCUCUCUUUUCUAAGAAGUUAUCUGUGUAGGAAAUAGGCCUGGCCCCUACAAAAAAAUAAAAAAUCUUGGUCAACCAAGAGUCGUGUGUUCUUUCGACCAAUCGACUGGUCGAAAUUUUUAAACAUAGAUUUUUUUCCUUUAUAUAGACACACCCUAUGUGUUUUAGUAAAAUCAACUAUAUGUAGGCUACUGAGCUUGUUUGAUGCUUUAAGCACUGCGAUUUUUUUAAUAAUGAAGACACAAAUGACUCAAGAGGGAGCGAGAGAUCAAGAUGGCAUAACCAGAAGAAAAAAAAGCUGUUCCCGAACCACCACCCUCCCUUUGCUGCUGGCCUUUGCAGAUUCUGCCAUUACUUUUCCGAAGUUGCCUGUAAUAGAAUACACCUGGGACCGGCCACCUUUUCCAUUUUGCCAAUUUAUCUUACCAAUUCUACCGAUCUGUUAUAAUUUUCAUAUGCACAUUUUCGUGGAACAGUUAAAUUUAUUUUAUAAAAAGUCUUUGUAUCUUAAAACGAUUGUCAUGUGAUUUAAUGUAAAUUCUAUCUAAACGAAGAUUGUAGAAAUCUAAAAGUAUAUAAAAACUAUAAAAAUAGCCUAAAUAAAGCGAACCAAUAAUAACAUUGCACCUGCAGGUAGAAAAUAUUGGUGAUAAAAAAUUAAUCACAUUGGCUACGCAUGGCCUGUCUGCAAUGAACUUGAAACAUUGUAUCAACUAUCAACCUGGUCCAGCCCAAGGGCUAACAAACUUGCAACGUUGUAUAAAAUAUUCUGGACCCUCAGUUUCCUGCGCCAGUGAGCCCCGGACAGACACCGCUGUAUUUGUGCAAGAGAUGAAGUAAACCAGGUUUCCACCGGAUCAGAGCGUGACAUAUUUUUUUUUCUCCUUUCACGCUGAAUGGCUAUCGAAAGGGAGAUGGCUAGAAAGAUUUUGCAAAUAGGCUAAAUUGAGGAACUAUUGUCAUUUUCAAUCGAUGUAAAAACAGACUUUUGUUUACUUGCUGUUUUGAGGCAAAGAAAAAAUUACUUUGAGAAGCUCCACAGGUCAUUUAGUGGUCUAGUUCUAUGCGUAAUCAGGUGCGCGUCCUUACUCAACGUUGACAGGAGCGCUACAAACAAAAGACAACGACUAAAUUGACAGAACUCGUAAAUGGAAUUAAAUAAACCAAAACUUGUUUCUCACAAGUGUAGCCGAGGUUCUGUAGCCGAGGUUGUGCGCUCUGCAAACAACGUGUCCACUCCGACAACGAGAGUUGUAAAAGACUGGAAUAAUAAUAAUAUAUUGAAUGCAUUAACAGAAAUUACGGUAACCAAACGAACAUUGUAGAUAAUAAAUGAUGGUAAUUAAUGGUAAAUAUACUACAGGUGGUACUGGUGAGCCUCCGCAGUGGAUUAGUCCACUCAGACGUGCGUCAAUCAAGACGUGCCAUAAAACUUUUUAUUUUUUUUAAACUGCUCGACUAAAACAUUCUCGGUCGACCAACAGCCUAUCGACCAAACAAUCGACCAGUCGACUAAAUGGGGUCAGCUCUAGUAGGAAAGUACCAGUCGACUAAAUGGGGUCAGCUCUAGUAGGAAAGUACCGGUCGACUAAAUGGGGUCAGCUCUAGUAGGAAAGUACCGGUCAGCCCUACUCCACAUACAUCAUAUUGUGUGCCAUACCAUCAUACAGAAGCCUGACCAAGAAAAGCCCAGGUGGAGAAUCAGAAGUUCCCUAUAUACUGUCCUCUUCAGCCUUCUGUUGCUUCUGCUGGUCUGCUGUGGGGAGUCUCUCUCUUCUGCUGGUCUGCUGUGGGGAGUCUCUCUCUGCUGUGGUGAGUCUCUCUCUCUCUCUCUCUCUCUUCUGCUGGUCUGCUGUGGUGAGUCUCUCUCUUCUGCUGGUCUGCUGUGGUGAGUCUCUCUCUUCUGCUGUGGUGAGUCUCUCUCUUCUGCUGUGGGGAGUCUCUCUCUUCUGCUGUGGUGAGUCUCUCUCUUCUGCUGUGGUGAGUCUCUCUCUUCUGCUGUGGGGAGUCUCUCUCUUCUGCUGUGGGGAGUCUCUCUCUUCUGCUGUGGUGAGUCUCUCUCUUCUGCUGUGGGGAGUCUCUCUCUUCUGCUGGUCUGCUGUGGGGAGUCUCUCUCUCUCUCUCUUCUGCUGGUCUGCUGUGGUGAGUCUCUCUCUCUCUCUCUUCUGCUGGUCUGCUGUGGGGAGUCUCUCUCUUCUGCUGUGGUGAGUCUCUCUCUUCUGCUGUGGGGAGUCUCUCUCUUCUGCUGGUCUGCUGUGGGGAGUCUCUCUCUCUCUCUCUUCUGCUGGUCUGCUGUGGUGAGUCUCUCUCUCUCUCUCUCUUCUGCUGUGGUGAGUCUCUCUCUUCUGCUGUGGGGAGUCUCUCUCUUCUGCUGGUCUGCUGUGGGGAGUCUCUCUCUCUCUCUCUUCUGCUGGUCUGCUGUGGGGAGUCUCUCUCUUCUGCUGGUCUGCUGUGGUGAGUCUCUCUCUCUUCUGCUGGUCUGCUGUGGGGAGUCUCUCUUCGGCCAAGCAGGUAAUCUUCCUCGUAUUGUUGAAUAAAGCGCUGCUCCAUCUGUACGACUUCCCCCCCCCCCCCCAAGAAAUUACAUGUCAAAAGUGUCUUCUUCAUUGUAAGACACGGACAAUGGGCAGAAAAAUAACUGUGCCUUUCCACUCCCAGAUACAGACACCCCAAUAUAGUGGACCUUGUGGGCUACAGUAUCGGACGAGGAGCCCACUGUCUGCUCUAUGUCUUCAUGCCCAACGGCUCUCUGGAAGACCAGCUGCACAACCAGGUCAGUCUAUUUUUAUCUUUUAAAACUAAAGAACAUUGACGGGGACAGCUACAGUUGGAAGUUUACAUACACUCAGGUUGGAAUCAUUAAAACUCGUUUUUUCAACCACUCUACACAUUUCUUGUUAACAAACUAUAGUUUUGGCAAGUCGGUUAGGACAUCCACAUUGUGCAUGACACAAGUCAUUUUUCCAACAAUUGUUUACAGACAGAUUAUUUAACUUAUAAUUCACUGUAUCACAAUUCCAGUGGGUCAGAAGUUUACAUACACUAAGUUGACUGUGCUUUUAAACAGCUUGGAAAAUUCCAGAAAAUGAUGUCAGUGCUUUAGAAGCUUCUGAUAGGCUAAUUUGACAUAAUUUUAGUCAAUUGAAGGUGUACCUGUGGAUGUAUUUCAAGGCCUACCUUCAAACUCAGUGCCUCUUUGCUUGACAUCAUGGGAAAAUCAAAAGAAAUCAGCCAAGACCUCAGAAGAAAAUUGUAGACCUCCACAAGUCUGGUUCAUCCUUGGGAGCAAUUUCCAAACGCCUGAAGGUACCACAUUCAUCUGUACGAACAAUAGUACGCAAGUAUAAAUACCAUGGGACCAUGCAGCCGUCAUACCGCUCAGGAAGGAGACAAGUUCUGUCUCUUAGAGAUGAACGUACUUUGGUGCGAAAAGUGCAAAUCAAUCCCAGAACAACAGCAAAGGACCUUGUGAAGAUGCUGGAGGAAACAGGUACAAAAGUAUCUAUAUCCACAGUAAAACGAGUCCUAUAUCGACAUAACCUGAAAGGCUGCUCAACAAGGAAGUAGCCACUGCUCCAAAACCGCCAUAAAAAAGCCAGACUACGGUUUGCAACUGCACAUGGGGACAAAGAUUGUACUUUUUGGAGAAAUGUCCUCUGGUCUGAUGAAACAAAAAUAGAACUGUUUGGCCAUAAUGACCAUUGUUAUGUUUGGAGGAAAAAGGGGGUUGCUUGCAAGCCCAAGAACACCAUCCCAACCGUGAAGCAUGGGGGUGGCAGCAUCACGCUGUGGGGGUGCUUUGCUGCAGGAGGGACUGGUGCACUUCACAAAAUAGAUAGCAUCAUGAGGAAGGAAAAUGAUGUGGAUAUAUUGACGCAACAUCUCAAGACAUCAGUCAGGAAGUUAAAGCUUGGUCGCAAAUGGGUCUUCCAAAUGGACAAUGACCCCAAGUGUAUUUCCAAAGUUGUGGCAAAAUGGCUUAAGGACAACAAAGUCAAGGUAUUGAAGUGGCCAUCACAAAGCCCUGACCUCAAUCCUAUAGAAAAUUUGUGGGCAGAACUGAAAAAGCUUGUGCGAGCAAGGAGGCCUACAAACCUGACUCAGUUACACCAGCUCUGUCAGGAGGAAUGGGCCAAAAUUCACCCAACUUAUUGUGGGAAGCUUGUGGAAGGCUACCUGAAACGUUUGACCCAAGUUAAACAAUUUAAAGGCAACGCUACCAAAUACUAAUUGAGUGUAUGUAAACUUCUGACCCAUUGGGAAUGUGAUAAAAUAAAUAAAAGCUGAAAUAAAUCAUUCUCUCUACUGUUAUUCUGACAUUACACAUUCUUAAAAUAAAGUGGUGAUCCUAACUGACCUAAGACAGGGAAUUUUUACUAGGAUUAAAUGUCAGGAAUUGUUAAAAACUGAGUUUUUAGGUGUUUGUAAAAAGGUGUAUGUAAACUUCUGAUUUCAACUGUAUAUGGGGACGGGGACAGCUAUAUGGAGAGACGGGGACUGUUAUUGAGACAGCUUAUUAAACAAUAGGAAAGGAGGACAUGACACAAGGCUGGAACCUGGAAUAUAAUGUGUUGGUGUGUGUUGACUGUCCGUCUACGUGUGUGUCCCUCCCUCAGGCUAGUGCUGCCCUCUUCUGGCCACAGUGUGUCAGUGUGUUGCUGGGCACAGCCAGAGCCAUCCAGUUCCUCCACUCUUCCUCUCCCCAGCUCAUACACGGAGACGUCAAGAGGUAGGUUUUCCUGGCUACCCAUCCACAUGACGUUUCUCUUCCACCAUUCUUCUGGAUUUGCCUCCCUCCCCGAUGAUUUCUAGAAUGUUCUUAUUGUUCCUAGAAACCGAUGGGUUGGGCCAGAGCCAGCCUACAUGGUCUUAUCAACUUUGAUAUUCUGAUAAGUUAGAUUUGUAAGAGACGAUCCAGUUGCUGAUGAAUUUUUGUACAACUCCCCUCAUUUUGAAGUCGCACAAACAACUUCUAGGAGGGAGAGGCUAUACGGAAACGCCUGGUGCCCAAAUUGAUGACGUACAGCGCAGUCGGAAAGUAUUCAGACCCCUUGACUUUUUCCACAUUUUUUUUCCUUACAGCCUUAUUCUAAAAUUGAUUUAAAUUGGUUUUUUCCCCUCAUCAAUCUACACACAAUACCCCAUAAUGACAAAGCAAAAACAGGUUUUUAGAAAUUUUUGCAAAAAUACUGUAAUGUCACAUUUACAUAAGUAUUCAGACCCUUUACUCAGUACUUUGUUGAAGCACUUUUGGCAGCAAUUACAGCCUCGAGUCUUCUUGGGUGUGACGCUACAAGCUUGGCACACCUGUAUUUGGGGAGUUUCUCCCAUUCUUCUCUGCAGAUCCUCUCAAGCUCUGUCAGGUUGGAUGGGGAGCGUCACUGCGCAGCAAUUUUCAGGUCUCUCCAGAGAUGUACGAUCGUUUUCAAGUCCGGGCUCUGGCUGGGCCACUCAAGGACAUUCAGAGACUUGUCCCGAAGCCACUCCUGCAUUGUCUUGGCUGUGUGCUUAGGGUCGUUGUCCUGUUGGAAGGUGAACCUUGACCCCAGUCUGAGGUCCUGAGUGCGCUCAUCAAGGAUCUCUCAGUACUUUGCUGAAUAACAUUACAUUUACAUUUACAUUUUAGUCAUUUAGCAGACGCUCUUAUCCAGAGCGACUUACAGUUAGUACAUGCAUUAUUUUAUCGAACCCACAACCCUGGCGUUGCAAACGCCAUGCUCUACCAACUGAGCUACAUCCCCUGCCGGCCAAAUCCCUCCCCUACCCUGGACGACGCUGGGCCAAUUGUGCGCGCCGCCCCAUGGGUCUCCCGGUCGCGGCCGGCUACGACAGAGCCUGGAUUCGAACCAGGAUCUCUAGUGGCACAGCUUGCACUGCGAUGCAGUGCCUUAGACCACUGUGCCACUCGGGAGACUGCAACAUCCCCACAGCAUGAUGCUGCCACCGCCAUGCUUCACCGUAGGGAUGGUGCCAGGUUUCCUCCAGAUGUGACGCUUGGCAUUCAGGCCAAAGAGUUAAAUCUUGGUUUCAUCAGACCAGAGAAUCUUGUUUCUCAUGGUCUGAGAGUGCUUUAGGUGCCUUUUGGCAAACUCCAAGUGGGCUGUCAUGUGCCUUUUACUGAGGAGUGGCUUCCGUCUGGCCACUCUACCAUAAAGGCCUGAUUGGUGGAGUGCUGCAGAGAUGGUUGUCCUUCUGGAAGGUUCUCCCAUCUCUGCCGAGGAACUGGAGCUCUGUCAGAGUGACCAUCGGGUUCUUGAUCACCUCCCUGACCAAGGCCCUUCUCCCCCGAUUGCUCAGUUUGGCCGGGCGGCCAGCUCUAGGAAGAGUCUUGGUAGUUCCAAACGUCUUCCAUUUAAGAAUGAUGGAGGCCACUGUGUUCCUUGGGGACCUUCAAUGCUGCAGCAAAUUGUUUGGUACCCUUCCCCAGAUCUGUGACUCGUCAAAAUCCUGUCUCGGAGCUCUACGGACAAUUCCUUCGACCUCAUGGCUUGGUUUUUGCUCUGACGUGCACUGCAAACUGUGGGACCUUAUAUAGACAGGUGUGUGCCUUUCCAAAUCAUGUCUAAUCAAUUGAAUUUACCACAGUUGGACUCCAAUCAAGUUGUAGAAACAUCUCAAGGAUGAUCAAUGGAAACAGGAUGCACCUGAGCUCCAUAUCGAGUUUCAUAGCAAAGGGUCUGAAUACUUAUGUAAAUAAGGCAUUUCAGUUUAUUUUGAAUAAAUUUGCAAAAAAUGUCUACAUCUGUUUUGGAUUUCAUUAUGGGGUAUUGUGUGUAGAUUGAGGAUUUUUGUUAUUUUCUUUGAUCUGUUUUUUAAUAAGGCUGUAACUUAACAAAAUAUGGAAAAAGUCAAGGGGUCUGAAUACUUUAAGAAUGCACUGUUUGUCGCGCAGCUGAGAGUCGAGUGGAGAAGAAUGGAUUUAGUUCAGUCAGUCGUCCUGAUGAGCCCUUCCAGCUACCUAGUUUGUGCUGGCAACAACAGCAGCAUGGAGCUAGUUAAAACGUGUAAAAUAAAGUUGUGUUUUAUUUUGACGGGCGAGGGAGACACAACUUGUAGUAUUGGUCACCAUCUGGAUGUCACCGUGACAUGUCAAUCAGCUAACGUAAUGACAAGCCGGUGUGAAUGACCCCAAUGCGACGGUUUUGUAUCAAAGGUGCUUGCUAGCCUUUUCGCUGUGGGCGACAGGUCUGCCGGAGCGAAGCGAUAUGGUUGGGCGAAGAGGCGUGUGCUUGCAGACGUGAGUUGCUUCCCACCAGGCAGCUGUUUUACGUUGCUGGCGUAAGCUAACGUGGCCAGUUUUUUUUUUUUUUUCCCAUCCCACUAGAUAGAGGAGGAUAGUUGCCUAUACGAUAAAUAACUUGUAAUAUUAGUAUUUGGAACUAGUAGCCAUCUGGAUGUCGCCGUGAUAGUCGGGGAGAGUUUGCACUGGUAGCCGACCACACAACAACAUGGGGCAAAGUGUCCUUCACUCCCACUUGCCACAGUAAGGAUAGGGUAGUAGCUAGAUGGUAGCCAAUAUCAGGACAGUAAGGAGAGGGUAGUAGCUAGAUAGUAGCCAAUAUCAGGACAGUAAGGAGAGGGUAGUAGCUAGAUAGUAGCCAAUAUCAGGACAGUAAGGAGAGGGUAGUAGCUAGAUAGUAGCCAAUAUCAGGACAGUAAGGAGAGGGUAGUAGCUAGAUAGUAGCCAAUAUCAGGACAGUAAGGAGAGGGUAGUAGCUAGAUAGUAGCCAAUAUCAGGACAGUAAGGAGAGGGUAGUAGCUAGAUAGUAGCCAAUAUCAGGACAGUAAGGAUAGGGUAGUAGCUAGAUAGUAGCCAAUAUCAGGACAGUAAGGAGAGGGUAGUAGCUAGAUAGUAGCCAAUAUCAGGACAGUAAGGAGAGGGUAGUAGCUAGAUAGUAGCCAAUAUCAGGCCAGUAAGGAGAGGGUAGUAGCCAAUAUCAGGACAGUAAGGAGAGGGUAGUAGCUAGAUGGUAGCCAAUAUCAGGCCAGUAAGGAGAGGGUAGUAGCUAGAUAGUAGCCAAUAUCAGGACAGUAAGGAGAGGUAGUAGCUAGAUAGUAGCCAAUAUCAGGACAGUAAGGAGAGGGUAGUAGCUAGAUGGUAGCCAAUAUCAGGACAGUAAGGAGAGGGUAGUAGCUAGAUGGUAGCCAAUAUCAGGCCAGUAAGGAGAGGGUAGUAGCUAGAUGGUAGCCAAUAUCAGGACAGUAAGGAGAGGGUAGUAGCUAGAUGGUAGCCAAUAUCAGGACAGUAAGGAGAGGGUAGUAGCUAGAUAGUAGCCAAUAUCAGGCCAGUAAGGAGAGGGUAGUAGCUAGAUGGUAGCCAAUAUCAGGACAGUAAGGAGAGGGUAGUAGCUAGAUAGUAGCCAAUAUCAGGCCAGUAAGGAGAGGGUAGUAGCUAGAUAGUAGCCAAUAUCAGGACAGUAAGGAGAGGGUAGUAGCUAGAUAGUAGCCAUAUCAGGCCAGUAAGGAGAGGGUAGUAGCUAGAUAGUAGCCAAUAUCAGGACAGUAAGGAGAGGGUAGUAGCUAGAUAGUAGCCAAUAUCAGGCCAGUAAGGAUAGGGUAGUAGCUAGAUAGUAGCCAAUAUCAGGACAGUAAGGAGAGGGUAGUAGCUAGAUAGUAGCCAAUAUCAGGACAGUAAGGAGAGGGUAGUAGCUAGAUAGUAGCCAAUAUCAGGACAGUAAGGAGAGGGUAGUAGCUAGAUAGUAGCCAAUAUCAGGACAGUAAGGAGAGGGUAGUAGCUAGAUGGUAGCCAAUAUCAGGACAGUAAGGAGAGGUAGUAGCUAGAUGGUAGCCAAUAUCAGGACAGUAAGGAGAGGAGUAGCUAGAUGUAGCCAAUAUCAGGACAGUAAGGAGAGGGUAGUAGCUAGAUAGUAGCCAAUAUCAGGCCAGUAAGGAAGGGUAGUAGCUAGAUAGUAGCCAAUAUCAGGACAGUAAGGAAGGGUAGUAGCUAGAUAGUAGCCAAUAUCAGGACAGUAAGGAGAGGGUAGUAGCUAGAUAGUAGCCAAUAUCAGGACAGUAAGGAGAGGGUAGUAGCUAGAUAGUAGCCAAUAUCAGGACAGUAAGGCAGAGGAGUAUAGCUAGAUAGUAGCCAAUAUCAGGACAGUAAGGAGAGGGUAGUAGCUAGAUAGUAGCCAAUAUCAGGACAGUAAGGAGAGGGUAGUAGCUAGAUAGUAGCCAAUAUCAGACAGUAAGGAGAGGGUAGUAGCUAGAUAGUAGCCAAUAUCAGGACAGUAAGGAGAGGGUGUAGUAGUGGUAGCCAAUAUCAGGACAGUAAGGAGAGGGUAGUAGCUAGAUGGUAGCCAAUAUCAGGCCAGUAAGGAUAGGGUAGUAGCUAGAUGGUAGCCAAUAUCAGGACAGUAAGGAGAGGGUAGUAGCUAGAUAGUAGCCAAUAUCAGGACAGUAAGGAGAGGGUAGUAGCUAGAUGUAGCCAAUAUCAGGACAGUAAGGAGAGGGUAGUAGCUAUGUAGCCAAUAUCAGGACAGUAAGGAGAGGGUAGUAGAUAGCCAAUAUCAGGCCAGUAAGGAGAGGGUAGUAGCUAGAUGGUAGCCAAUAUCAGGACAGUAAGGAAGGGUAGUAGCUAGAUAGUAGCCAAUAUCAGGACAGUAAGGAGAGGGUAGUAGCUAGAUAGUAGCCAAUAUCAGGACAGUAAGAGAGUUCAGCUAGAUGUAGCAAUAUAGGCAUAAGAAGUGUAGCUAGAUGGUAGCCAAUAUCAGGACAGUAAGGAGAGGGUAGUAGCUAGAUAGUAGCCAGUAAGGAGAGGGUAGUAGCUAGAUAGUAGCCAAUAUCAGGCAAGGGUGACAGCUAAAGCACAUUAUAGUGAUUUCCACUACAAAAUGUACAACUAUAGCAUUAACGUCUACAUUUUUGUAAAAGAAACGUACAAAAUUCGUCAUAAAUUUGGGCCCCAUGCGUGUCCGUAUAGCCUCUCCCCUUCUAGAAUGGCAGUUUCAGACUGAAUGUAUGUAGCGAUCGAUAGAGGAGUGGAAUUAAAUUCAGGCUGAGCCACCAGGCAAGAGGUAGGCUGCUCUGUUAAAUUCAGGCUGAGUCACCAGGCAAGAGGUAGGCUGCUCUGUUAAAUUCAGGCUGAGGUCACCAGGCAAGAGGUAGGCUGCUCUGUUAAAUUCAGGCUGAGUCACCAGGCAAGAGGUAGGCUGCUCUGUUAAAUUCAGGCUGAGUCACCAGGCAAGAGGUAGGCUGCUCUGUUAAUUCAGGCUGAGUCACCAGGCAAGAGGUAGGCUGCUCUGUUAAAUUCAGGCUGAGUCACCAGGCAAGAGGUAGGCUGCUCUGUUAAAUUCAGGCUGAGUCACCAGGCAAGAGGUAGGCUGCUCUGUUAAAUUCAGGCUGAGCCACCAGGCAAGAGGUAGGCUGCUCUGUUCACUGAAUCAUUAUUUUGUCCCCAUCAUUUCUUACUAUCAAGGAUGCUUGAUGACCAUAUUAAGCCCUCCAUCUUCCAGAGGUAUGAUGCUCACUCACUGAAUCUGAUCAAUUACUCCUUUAUUUGAAGAAUAGUGUUUUUAACGACACUAAUUUCUUACGAUCAAGGAUACUUGAUGACCAUAUUAAGCCUCCAUCUCAUCUUUGAAAUGAGAAAUUAGCCUCUAGAAGAACAACUGGCAGAUAUACAGCUGAUGCUGACUUUUGUACGAAAACUAGGCACAAUAAAUAGGUUUUGCAUUGAUCCUAAGUGAGGAGGCUGUUUUUUUCUGUUGAUAAAUCCCACUCAAACCAUCCGUCGUCUUCUUUCUCCAGCUCCAACAUCCUAUUGGACGAGCACCUGGAGCCUAAGCUGGGUGACUUUGGCCUGGCCCGGUUCUGCUCCAGCAGCAGCAGGUCAGCUGGUAGAACCACCACGGUAGCCUAUACCAGGACGGUGAGGGGAACGCAGGCGUACUUACCUGACGAAUACCUCAAAACAGGAGAGUUGGGAGUAGCCAUCGACACCUUCAGCUUUGGAGUGGUAGGAGGAGAGCACACACUAUACUACUAUACUAUACUACUGUACUAUACUACUGUACUACUGUGUACUACUAUAAUAUAAUACUAUACUACUGUUAUACUAUACUACUGUACUACUAUAGUAUACUACUGUACUAUACUACUGUACUACUGUGUACUACUAUAAUAUACUACUAUACUACUGUUAUACUAUACUACUGUACUAAUAUAAUAUACUACUGUACUAUACUACUGUACUACUGUGUACUACUAUAAUAUACUACUAUACUACUGUUAUACUAUACUACUGUACUAAUAUAAUAUACUACUGUACUAUACUACUGUACUACUGUGUACUACUAUAAUAUACUACUAUACUACUGUUAUACUAUACUACUGUACUACUAUAGUAUACUAAUGUACUACUAUAAUAUACUACUGUACUAUACUACUGUACUACUGUGUACUACUAUAAUAUACUACUAUACUACUGUUAUACUAUACUACUGUACUACUAUAAUAUACUACUGUACUACUGUGUACUACUAUAAUAUAAUACUAUACUACUGUUAUACUAUACUACUGUACUACUAUAGUAUACUACUGUACUACUAUACUAUACUACUGUACUACUAUACUAUACUACUAUAAUAUACUACUGUACUACUAUACUACUAUACUGUACUACUAUACUAUACUACUGUACUAUACUACUGUACUGCUAUAAUAUACUACUAUACUACUGUUAUACUAUACUACUGUACUACUAUAGUAUACUCCUGUACUACUAUACUAUAUACUAUACUACUGUACUAAACUAAUGUACUAUACUACACUACUGUACUAUACUACUGUACUACUAUAAUAUACUACUGUACAACACUAUACUAUUGUACUGUAUUAUACUAUACUACUGUACUAAUAUACUACUGUACUACAAUAGUGUAGUAUAGUACUAUACUAUACUACUGUACUAUACUACUACUGUACUACACUAUACUACUGUACUACUAUACUACUGGAGACUACUGUAGUAUAGUAUAUAGACUACUAUACACCAAGACAACUGUUCCAAUGACUGGGUAGAUGUUACACAAUCAUCUUAUCUUCUCUUCCUCAGGCUGCUGGUGGUUGGAUGGCUGUGAUGCGUAGAAGUUGAGAGAGUCGAACUGCCUCUGGAAGGUGUCGUGUGGGGUUUCUAGUGUUCUGUCCUGUAAGAGAGAAAAAUAAUAACCGUAGCCACUGACACUACCACACACUGACCAGACCUAGCCACAUGACACUAGCCACACUGACAGCCAGCCACUGCACAGCACACGACCACUAGCCAACUGACACUGACCACACUACACUAGCCACACUGACACUAGCCACACUGACAUAGCCCACUGACACUAGCCACACUGACACUAGCACCACUAGCACACUGACACUAGCCACACUGACACACCACCUGACACUAGCCACACUGACACUAGCCACACUGACACUAGCCACACUGACACUAGCCACACUGACGCUAGCCACACUGACACUGACACUAGCCACACUGACACUAGCCACACUGACACUAGCCACACUGACACUAGCCACACUGACACUGACACUAGCCACACUGACACUAGCCACACUGACACUAGCCACACUGACACUGACACUAGCCACACUGACACUAGCCACACUGACACUAGCCACACUGACACUAGCCACACUGACACUAGCCACACUGACACUAGCCACACUGACACUAGCCACACUGACACUGACACUAGCCACACUGACACUAGCCACACUGACACUAGCCACACUGACACUAACGCCACACUGACCUAACCUAAUGCCACACUGACACUAGCCACACUGACACUAGACACCACACUGUUCCCUAGCCACACUGACACUAGCCACACUGACACUAGCCACACUGACACUAGCCACACUGACACUGACACUAGCCACCACACUGACGCUAGCCACACUGACACUAGCCACACUGAACACUGACCUAGCCACACUGACACUAGCCACACUGACCUAGCCACACUGACGCUAGCCACACUGACGCUAGCCACACUGACCUAGCCACACUGACACUACCAGCCACACUGCCACAGCCUACCCACACUGACGUUAGCCACACUGACACUAGCCACACUGACACUGACACUAGCCACACUGACACUAGCCACACUGACACUAGCCACACUGACACUAGCCACACUGACACUAGCCACACUGACACUGACACUAGCCACACUGACACUAGCCACACUGACGCUAGCCACACUGACGCUAGCCACACUGACACUAGCCACACUGACACUGGACACUAGCCACACUGACACUGACACUAGCCACACUGACGCUAGCCACACUGACGCUAGCCACACUGACGCUAGCCACACUGACACUAGCCACACUGACACUAGCCACACUGACACUGACGCUAGCCACACUGACGCUAGCCACACUGACGCUAGCCACACUGACACUGACACUAGCCACACUGACACUAGCCACACUGACACUAGCCACACUGACACUAGCCACACUGACACUAGCCACACUGACACUAGCCACACUGACACUAGCCACACUGACGCUAGCCACACUGACGCUAGCCACACUGACGCUAGCCACACUGACGCUAGCCACACUGACACUGACACUAGCCACACUGACACUGACACUAGCCACACUGACGCUAGCCACACUGACGCUAGCCACACUGACGCUAGCCACACUGACGCUAGCCACACUGACGCUAGCCACACUGACGCUAGCCACACUGACACUAGCCACAUGACACUGACACUAGCCACACUGACGCUAGCCACACUGACGCUAGCCACACUGACACUAGCCCACCACUGACACUAGCCACACUGACACUAGCCACACUGACACUAGCCACACUGACACUGACAAUAGCCACACUGACGCUAGCCACACUGACGCUAGCCACACUGACGCUAGCCACACUGACGCUAGCCACACUGACACUAGCCACACUGACACUGACACUAGCCACACUGACACUGACACUAGCCACACUGACACUGACACUAGCCACACUGACGCUAGCCACACUGACGCUAGCCACACUGACACUAGCCACACUGACACUAGCCACACUGACACUGACACUAGCCACACUGACGCUAGCCACACUGACGCUAGCCACACUGACACUAGCCACACUGACACUAGCCACACUGACACUAGCCACACUGACACUGACACUAGCCACACUGACGCUAGCCACACUGACACUAGCCACACUGACACUAGCCACACUGACGCUAGCCACACUGACGCUAGCCACACUGACGCUAGCCACACUGACACUAGCCACACUGACACUGACACUAGCCACACUGACGCUAGCCACACUGACACUAGCCACACUGACACUGACACUAGCCACACUGAGGCUAGCCACACUGACACUAGCCACACUGACACUAGCCACACUGACGCUAGCCACCAUUUUACUCAAGUAGCAGUACUGUUACUUUAAUGACAUUUUACUCAAGUAGCAGUACUGUUACUUUAAUGACAUUUUACUCAAGUAGAAGUACUGUUACUUUAAUGACAUUUUACUCAAGUAGCAGUACUGUUACUUUAAUGACAUUUUACUCAAGUAGAAGUACUGUUACUUUAAUGACAUUUUACUCAAGUAGCAGUACUGUUACUUUAAUGACAUUUUACUCAAGUAAAAUUACUCAGUUUGAAAAAUACUAAAAGUGCUCAGAAAGCUAAUCAGUAACGGUAAGGUGUAAUUGUAUUUGUAAUUGGUUAUUAGGCACAAAAUGGAAGAAAAUGGAGUGAAACAGGGAGAGACUACCUAGACUAGUCCAUUCACAUCUUGUUUUCUUUUGCAAAACGAUGUGCCCUUCUGAAGUAACACAUGCCUGGUUUCCCAGGUCUAAACUAGUCACUGACUUAAAUCAAAUCAAAUGUUAUUUGUCACAUGCGCCGAAUACAACAGGUGUAGACCUUACAGUGAAAUUCUUACUUACAAGCCCUUAACCAACAAUGCCGUUUUAAGAAAGACUACACAAAAAAAUACAAGAUAAAAUAAUACGAAAUAAAAGUUACUAAUAAUUAAAGAGCAGCAGUAAAAAUAACAAUAGCGAGGCUAUAUAGCUCCUCUGUAGCUCAGCUGGUAGAGCAUGGCGCUUGUAACGCCAAGGUAGUGGGUUCGAUCCCCGGGACCACCCAUACACAAAAAAAAAAAAAAUUAUGUGACGCUAGCCACACUGACGCUAGCCACACUGACGCUAGCCACACUGACGCUAGCCACACUGACAAUGACACUAGCCACACUGACACUGACGCUAGCCACACUGACACUAGCCACACUGACGCUAGCCACACUGACGCUAGCCACACUGACGCUAGCCACACUGACACUAGCCACACUGACACUAGCCACACUGACACUAGCCACACUGACACUAGCCACACUGACACUAGCCACACUGACACUAGCCACACUGACGCUAGCCACACUGACAAUGACACUAGCCACACUGACACUGACGCUAGCCACACUGACACUAGCCACACUGACACUAGCCACACUGACACUAGCCACACUGUUACUAGCCACACUGACACUAGCCACACUGUUACUAGCCACACUGUUACUAGCCACACUGACACUGACACUAUCCACACUGACACUAGCCACACUGACACUGACACUAGCCACACUGACAAUGACACUAGCCACACUGACACUAGCCACACUGACACUAGCCACACUGACACUAGCCACACUGACGCUAGCCACACUGACACUAGUCACACUGACACUGACACUAGCCACACUGACACUGACACUAGCCACACUGACACUAGCCACACUGACACUAGUCACACUGACACUAGCCACACUGACACUAGUCACACUGACACUGACGCUAGCCACACUGACACUAGCCACACUGACACUAGCCACACUGACACUAGCCACACUGUUACUAGCCACACUGACACUAGCCACACUGUUACUAGCCACACUGUUACUAGCCACACUGACACUGACACUAUCCACACUGACACUAGCCACACUGACACUGACACUAGCCACACUGACAAUGACACUAGCCACACUGACACUAGCCACACUGACACUAGCCACACUGACACUAGCCACACUGACGCUAGCCACACUGACACUAGUCACACUGACACUGACACUAGCCACACUGACACUGACACUAGCCACACUGACACUAGCCACACUGACACUAGUCACACUGACACUAGCCACACUGACACUAGUCACACUGACACUGACACUAGCCACACUGACACUGACACUAGUCACACUGACACUAGCCACACUGACACUAGCCACACUGACACUAGCCACACUGACACUAGUCACACUGACACUGACACUAGUCACACUGACACUAGCCACACUGACACUAGCCACACUGACACUAGCCACACUGUUACUAGCCACACUGUUACUAGCCACACUGUUACUAGCCACACUGACACUAGCCACACUGACACUAGCCACACUGACACUAGCCACACUGACACUAGCCACACUGACACUAGCCACACUGACAAUGACACUAGCCACACUGACACUAGCCACACUGACACUAGCCACACUGACACUAGUCACUAGCCACACUGACACUAGCCACACUGACACUAGUCACACUGACACGCUCAUCAGAUGUUCUGCACCUGUAAUGUCUGGUACUUCAAAACCUAACAUCUUGUAUAAUUUUCCACUUCAGAAAGACCUGGUGACGGAGGUUGAAGACGACAGAGGUCAUCAGGCCAGAGGGAGGUCAAAGAGGGGUUCAGAGAGAGUAACCGAGGAACAGCCUAGUAUUCACCCAGCUGCUACACACAUCUGGCAGAAGCACCUGGACCCCAGACUGCUGGCGACAGGGACGGCAGGCUCCCCUCCUCUGGCCCCACACGGCUCCCUGGACCUGGCUGCUCUGGCCUGUCGCUGUCUGGAGGCCAAGCGGAAGAGAAGGCCCCCCAUGACUGAGGUAGCACUCGUCAACGUGUGAUUCCAACAAGUGUGGAACGUAUUGUGACCAGGGUCUAUUACAUUUAAAUUCCAGUCAAUUCAGAAAGUAAACCAAAUUCCAAUUCCGUUAUUGAAAAGCAUUGAAGAGAAUUGGAAUUUCUGUGUAAUUCCUGAAUUGAAAUGGACUUGACCCCAACCCUAAUUGUGACCUUAACUGUGUUGUGACAUGUCCCAUUGUGCCAUGACUCCUAGGUGUUCCAGGUGCUUCUAGACAUCCACACCCGUCUGAAGGCCUCAGACAGAGCCUCAUCCACUCUCAACGUAUCCUCCUCCUCUCCUUCUCACCAGCCCUUCCCCAAACCUCCUCAAUCAGCCAUAGACUCGUGUAUAGACUGCCUAACAGACGUUCUGUCAAAGAUGGGUCCACUGGAAGACACGUACCACUGCCCCCCUCACCCCUCCUCCACCCUGCCUCACCCCUCCUCCACCCUGCCUCACCCCUCCUCCUUCCUUGGUCCAUGUGAAUCGGAUGAGAGCCAAGGUUACUCCCAGUACUGUGCUCCUCCCUCCCAGCUCCCCCAUAGUGACACCAGAUCAGACCCCCAGACCUCCUUGCCGUGUGGUGGGGCCUCUGGGACAGUGCAGGGGGACAGUUGUGGUUGGUUUUCACCAGUCGGACGGUUACGCUCCAGUUCACCGUGCUCAGCGUCAGGUAAGAGGAUUAGUCGUCUCAGAGUCCAGGGUCAGGGUGUACAGCUCAAUUCCAUGAGGGCUGCAGCCAUGGGGAUUUUAGUUUCACUCCAUCAGUGCCCGUAGAAACACACCUCUGGGUCAUGUUCAUUAGCAUCCAAUCAAAUCAAAUCAAAUAGCAGGGAGAGAAAGUGUAGUCAAAUAUCCUACUCAAGUAGCAGUACUGUUACUUUAAUGACAUUUUAUUCAAGUAGCAGUACUGUUACUUUAAUGACAUUUUACUCAAGUAGCAGUACUGUUUAAUGACAUUUUACUCAAGUAGCAGUACUGUUUAAUGACAUUUUACUCAAGUAGCAGUACUGUUACUUUAAUGACAUUUUACUCAAGUAGCAGUACUGUUACUUUAAUGACAUUUUACUCAAGUAAAAUUACUCAGUUUGAAAAAUACUAAAAGUGCUCAGAAAGCUACUCAGUAACGGUAAGGUGUAAUUGUAUUUGUAAUUGGUUAUUAGGCACAAAAUUGAAGAAAAUGGAGUGAAACAGGGAGAGACUACCUAGACUAGUCCAUUCACAUCUUGUUUUCUUUUGCAAAACGAUGUGCCCUUCUGAAGUAACACAUGCCUGGUUUCCCAGGUCUAAACUAGUCACUGACUUCAAAUCAAAUGUUAUUUGUCACAUGCGCUGAAUACAACAGGUGUAGACCUUACAGUGAAAUUCUUACUUACAAGCCCUUAACCAACAAUGCAGUUUUAAGAAAGAAUGCACAAAAAAAUACAAGAUCAAAUAAUACGAAAUAAAAGUUACAAAUAAUUAAAGAGCAGCAGUAAAAAUAACAAUAGCGAGGCUAUAUACAUGGGGUACCGGUUAAAUGGCAGCAACUAAAAACAACACUGACUGCAUCCCUCACGGCCUGGAGUUGUGGACCUCUGCUCUUACCCAACACUGUCCAUUUAACGUAUUACCUGUCAGGAAACACACGUCUCUCUCUCUGCCAGGCUUGCCCUGCCAUGGAGUAGUUGUUAAUGCAUGCAAAGAGCGUUUCCUCCACAAGAUGGCGCUCUAUGACGACGGCAGAAUACAGACCGGCGAGCUUUUUUCCUCGGCUCUUUGUAAGCUGCUCUUUCAUUCCAUGAUCUGACCUUUCCCCACAUUCAACUCCCUAACGGUGUUUUGUAAUGAUGCAAGUACUUUAUUUGACUACAAGUCAAACUAUACAUUAUUGUCAGUAUGCGCAAUAGCUGUUGUUUUUCUAUCCGGUGUAUGUGACAAUAAAAUAUCUUUAAUAUUAUUUAUUAUUUUAUUUAAUAUAUAUAUAUAUUGAUCUUUCAGAUGCUGAGAUGAACCCACAAUGCCGAGGACCAGAAGAGAGUGAUGAGCUUGAGUACCUAUCAGGGGAGGCCAGUGAGAAUCAGGACUGCACACGCAGACACACCAACUUUCCCAACUAA